UCUCCACUCUACUCUGUCCUUAUCCCAGCCUCCUGGCACAGCCUCUGUCCAACACCCAGUAGCCAGCCUACAGAGAGCUGUGAUUGGUUAAGGGGAGUGGGGACUGGACUAGGGUAGGCUGGGUUAGCAGGCAGGCAUGCAGGUCUCUGCUCUACUCUGCUCUACUCUGCCUGUCUCAGCAGAUGGUGGAGGUUAGAGAUAGUCAUCACAUCACAGAGAGGUUCUCCUUCUUCCAGAGGAGCUGAGUUGUGUGGUCCACCUCUAUCCUCUGUAACCACCAGCAAGACCAGAACUCUACAUCGGACUUCCUGGUUCGGCACUGUGCUCUCCUGACUUCCAGACUUCUCCUCGGCUGUGAGAGCUCCAGUGGGUGCCUGUGAGUGAGUGACACCCCCCAUCCCUCCGCCAUGCUGCUGUUGUGUGUGACCUGGCUUGGCCUCGUGUCCCUGGGUUGGGACCAGGGCUGUUCAGCCGUCAGCACUACCAGAGCCCAGGGAGGCCUCAGGGGACACAUGCAGAGGGACCGCAAGAACAUCAGACCCAACAUCAUCCUCAUCAUGACCGACGAUCAGGACACAGAGCUGGGUUCUCUCCAGGUGAUGAAUAAGACUCGUAAGAUAAUGGAGAAUGGAGGCACCUCAUUCAUCAACGCCUUUGUGACCACGCCCAUGUGCUGUCCGUCUCGCUCGUCCAUGCUGACAGGGAAGUAUGUUCACAAUCACAACACGUACACCAACAACGAGAACUGUUCUUCCCCGUCCUGGCAGUCCCAGCAUGAACCACGCUCCUUCGCUGUCUACCUCAACAAUACGGGAUACAGGACAGCGUUCUUUGGGAAGUAUCUGAACGAGUACAACGGUAGCUACAUCCCUCCCGGGUGGCGUGAAUGGGUGGGGCUCAUCAAAAACUCUCGCUUUUAUAAUUACACCGUCUGUCGGAACGGUCACAAGGAGAAACACGGCGUGGAGUAUUCCAAGGACUAUUUCACGGACCUGAUCACCAACGACAGUAUCAACUUCUUCCGUAUGUCCAAGAAGGUUUACCCUCACCGGCCAGUGAUGAUGGUCCUCACCCACGCUGCCCCCCACGGGCCGGAGGACUCAGCCCCACAAUACGCAGAGAUGUUCCCUAAUGCCUCCCAACACAUCACCCCCAGUUAUAACUACGCCCCCAACAUGGAUAAACACUGGAUCAUGCAGUACACCGGUCCCAUGAGACCCAUCCACAUGGAGUUCACUAACUUCCUGCACAGAAAGAGACUGCAAACACUCAUGUCAGUGGACGACUCUGUACAGAAGGUAUAUGAGAUGUUAGUAGAGAGUGGGGAACUGGACAACACCUACAUAAUCUACACGGCUGACCAUGGCUACCACAUUGGCCAGUUUGGGCUGGUCAAGGGGAAGUCCAUGCCCUACGACUUUGACAUCAGAGUGCCCUUCUUCCUCCGCGGGCCCAACGUCGAACCUGGAGCCGUUGUCCCUCAGCUGGUGUUGAACAUUGAUCUGGCCCCCACCAUACUGCACAUGGCUGGGCUGGACACGCCUCCAGACAUGGACGGGAAGUCCAUCCUCAAACUACUGGAACAGGAGAAGACUGGAAACAGAUUCAAACGCAAUCGGAAACCCAAAGUCUGGAGAGAUACAUUCCUGGUGGAGAGAGGUAAACUCCUGAGGAAGAAGGAGGACAAAGGCGGUAGUUCAACCACCCAGAACACCAACAGCCUGCCCAAAUACAAGAAGGUCAAAGAGGUGUGUCAACAGGCAGAGUUCCCCCAACAGCAUCACCUCAAGUGGCACUGUGUGGAGGAGAUCACUGGGAAGUGGCGGAUCCAGAAGUGUAAAGGAGGUGGACUGAAGGAGGGCCCUAGGAAGAGGGCCCCCAGCCUGAGGCCUCACGGCAGCUACAACAGUAGGGAGAGGGAACCCUGCGACUGUGGUCUUGACCGACCGGGACGCUCACACCGCCAGUUCACACCCUCCUCUGGAGAACCAGGCUACAGGCCUCGUUUCGUCCAUACUCGACCCACCAGAUCUCUGUCCGUGGAGUUCGAAGGGCAGAUCUAUGACGUUGACCUCGCGGCAGACGACCGUAUCAUCAGAAAGCGUCACUAUGAGCAGAAUGACCCCGAGUUUGCCUUGGAGUCAGACGACAGGUCAGAGGAGAUGCUAGCGGAUGAUACCAACGCCGUGGGGUACCCGAACUCUGUCAAGGUCACACACAAAUGUUACUUCCUGAUGAAUGACACGGUCCACUGUGAGAGAGAGAUCUACUCUUCCUCUAGAGCCUGGAAGGACCAUAAGAGCUAUGUGGACCAGGAAAUCGAGGCCCUUCAGGACAAGAUAAAGAACCUUCGGGAGGUCAGGGGUCAUCUGAAGAGGAGGCGACCUGAUGAGUGUGACUGUGGAAAGAAGAGGGAGGCGGCCCAAGAAGUGGAUGGGAAGACGCAGCUGUUUAACGAGAUCAGGCGGAAGAAAAAGGAGAGGAAAGAGAGAAAGAGGCUGAAAAAUGGGGAUGACUGUAGUCUACCUGGCCUCACCUGUUUCACUCACAACAACGACCACUGGCAGACCGCCCCCUUCUGGAACCUGGGAGCAUUCUGCGCCUGCACCAGUUCCAACAACAACACCUACUGGUGCGUGAGGACCAUCAACGAAACGCACAACACCCUGUUCUGUGAGUUCGCUACAGGCUUCCUCGAGUACUUUGACCUCAACCACGACCCCUAUCAGUUGACCAACGUGGUGUAUUCCGUGGACAGAGAGGUGUUGAACACCCUCCAUGCUCAGCUGAUGGAGAUGAGGAGCUGCCAGGGACACAAGCAGUGUAACCCCCGACCCAAAGGGCUGGACACAACAGGAGGUAAAGAUGGAGACAGCUACGAAGCACACAGCACUCAGCCGGUCUGGGACGGACGAGCGGGUUAAGCUGCCCAACCUGACGGAGGAGGAGGUGACAACAGCCUAGGACGACUGGCACAUCUUCCAGACGGACGUUGAUAAUGUUUCUGCUACACCUUUUAGACCAACCGGAGAAAAACAACAACGACGACCAAAACCCCAAAAAGCUUGACUUUAAGGAUGACCCGGCGUCUGUGCAGAGGGGGCCCGUGGGGCUGGAGGAGGGCAGCGGGGGGAAAAGGAGAGGAGACCCCCAGCCAGGCCUGGUCACCCUGAACUGGGCCACCACAGGACUCCCAGAGACCCCCCUCAAAACUCCUCUUGCCCCAAGCACCCCCCCCCCCCAUCACCACCUCCUCAGUUCCACACAGCACGCGACUCAAAGGUUAUAGGUCAACUACAAUCUAUGAAUGAGCUCACGGAUGAGACUAACCCAUUAGACAGACCUCAGGUGGUGUCUGCGAUGACGUUAUCAUCUCUGUGACGUCAUCGUCAGCAGAUCAGAGGGGGAGGGGCCUGGGGGGGAGGUGGUUGCCCGUGAGUGGCCCAUCAGCUGGAGGAGGGGCUAGACAGUGAGGGGGCGGGGCUGGUCUUCAGUGGCAACAGGAACAACGGGCUGACAGAGAAAGAGGUGUGACACAAUGACCUGGAGAGGGGGACGGAGCUGGGAGGAAGCCUCAUCCAGGGACUGGAGCUGGGAGGAAGCCUCAUCCAGGGACUGGAGCUGGGAGGAAGAGGCCCAAGGCUACCUCCCCCUCUCCCCACAGACACAGAAGCCCACAAUACAGGCCUCCAACACUAUCACUGGGAGCCCCCAAGGGGACUGGGUUGGUAGUGGGCCAGCACCUCCAGACCCAACAGUAACAGGUAGAGAUGCAGUAGACUCCCUAGGGCCAAUCCCCUCAGCCCUCCUCCAACCACACCCAGUGAGACACAUACAGACAAAUUAAAGGUGCUGACCUGCCAUUGGGCAGCCUGGUGGUCACCAUAGAGACACAGAAACUGGGGGAGAUGGAGAGCCAAGAUGGCUGACGAUGAUUUCAGCACCAGUCAGUUAGAGCUGUAUUAUUAAUGAGUAUUAAAGUUAUUGUUUUUGUUUUUUCA